UUACUUGUAGUAGUAGCUUGUAGUCCAGUGACCAACGCACUCGCGACGAGUCUCUCGCAACCCAGAAAAUCAACUUCUUGGCGCACGUGAGCUUCCGCUGUCAUAUCCAGCUCCAGGGCCGGGAACCGGCUCGGCUCUAUAUAAAACCACAGACCGUGAAAACCAGCAAGCCGACCGAGAGCAGAGCCACCAAAGGCAGCGCAGCGCUAGCGUCUUGGCCGGGUCCAUUUCUUCGACAGACCAACCAAACGCUCUCGCAGGACACGCACGGCCGCACCGCAUGUCGUGGUCUGACACGGACGCGGCGCUCUUCGCGGCCGUCCUGGGCCACGACGCCGCGCGCCACCUGGCCACCACGCCGCCGCACCUCGACGGCCCGGCCUCGUCGUCGCCCGAGCUGCAGGCGCGCCUGUACGACCUCGUCGAGCGGGGAGGAGCCUGGACCUACGGCAUCUACUGGCAGGAGUCCCGGGCCGGCGCCGUGCUCGGCUGGGGCGACGGGCACUGCCGCGACGGCCCGGCCGAGCAAGCCGGGGCCGCGGACAGGAGCCUGGCGCGUAAGCGCGCGCUGUUGCGGCUCCACGCGCUGUAUGGCGGCGGGGACGAGGACGGCGCCGACUACGCGCUCCGCCUCGACCGGGUCACUGGCGUUGAGAUGUACUUCCUGGCGUCCAUGUACUUCUCUUUCCGCGAGGACGCCGGCGGGCCGGGCCGCGCGCUCACCUCCGGCCACCACGCCUGGGCCGCCGUCGAUCCCCACCUGCCCGGCUCACCCGGGUGGUACGUCCGUGCGUCCCUCGCCCAGUCCGCCGGCUUACGCACCGUCGUCUUCCUCCCUUGCAAGGGCGGCGUCCUUGAGCUCGGUUCCGCCGUGGCCAUGCGCGAGAACCCCGAGGUCCUGCGCGCCAUCCAAUCUGUCUUCCACGUCGAGGCCGUCGCGCCGGACGAUCGCAUGAGGAUCUUCGGGAAGGACGUUUCCCGCAGCCCCCCAUUGCCGCCGGUGCAAACCACGGGGAGCGACGCCAGUUGGGCGCUGCGGCUCGGCGGGCAAGCCAUGGUGGCGCGCCCGACCAAGCAGGAGGCGGCGGCAGUCAAACCGAAACCCCAGCAGGAGCCUCCCAAGAGCAUAAGCUUCAGCGACGCGCAGAAGCAGGCGGGCGGCGAGGAGCGGAGGCCGCGGAAGCGGGGGCGCAAGCCGGCGAACGGGCGGGAGGAGCCCCUGAACCACGUGGAGGCGGAGCGGCAGCGGCGGGAGAAGCUGAACCAGCGGUUCUACGCGCUGCGCGCGGUGGUGCCCAAGAUCUCCAAGAUGGACAAGGCGUCGCUGCUGAGCGACGCCAUCGCGUACAUCCAGGAGCUGGAGGAGCGCCUCCGGGGCGGCGCGGCGGGGCCGGCGCCGGCGCGGGCGGAGGCCGGCCCGUCCGUGGAGGUGAAGGCAAUGCAGGACGAGGUGGUGCUGCGCGUCAGCACCCCCCUGGACGCGCACCCCAUCUCCGGGGCGCUGAGCGCCAUGCGGGACUCCCAGCUGAGCGUGGUGGCGUCGAGCAUGGCGGUGGCGGACGACACCGUCACGCACAAGCUCGUGGUGCGGUCGGCGGGCCCCGAGCGGCUCACGGCCGAGACCGUGCUGGCCGCGAUUUCCCGUGGGGUGAUGAUGAGCGCCACCCCCUCCCCGUGACCAUGCAGCUGUAACAAUCGCGCGGCAGGCAACUGUCAACCGUUAGGGUAAGUUUAGGUGAGCAUGCUCCUCGUGACUGCAUGCCACGUGGCGCGCAGGAGGAAGGUGAAACUCCUUUCCUCGAGUGGCAGUAUCCCAGAUUGCCAGUGGUAGAUUCAUGUAGUGCACCUGGUUAUCAAUUUGCACCCAGUACACAGUAGAUCAAAUCUACGGAAAAUUGUUAUGUAUAGGAAGAUGCAGUAAUUCUCAGCCUUGUGGA